CGCUUCCUCUUUUGGCCUCUCUUGGAUUUGCGCAGACGCUUGAUGCAUAAGGGAGUCGAGCACUCGCCACGAUAGCGAUCUCUUUCGACAUAAUAGAGGAUGGAAUCAGUCGCUGAACAAGUCGACCCCCAUCCAUUGGUAUCCUUGGUGUCGGCAUGCUUCUGGGUAAUACUAUGGCUUUUGUCUUGGGUGAAAGCUUUGGUGGCAUUCUCGACAAUAACAGUACCCCGGCUCAUAUAUGCUGUCCUAUCCUAUUCCAUGACACUUACGCUCAACUUUUGGUCGUUUGCGAUCAUGUUCGCACUGUCUGCCGUGGCAUUGAAUUAUUGGAUCCGAUUCCGAUAUCUCAACGAUUAUACUCAGCUUAAAGAACCUCCGCUAGUGAAGCCAGAUGCAACGGAGUUACAUCCUGAUGUGAAUACAGAUCCAGCACCUACAUUUCAUAACUACCUUGACGAUUUCCUACAAGCCGUACGCGUAUUUGGUUUCCUCGAAAAACCCGUUUUCCAUGAGUUGGCUCGGCAUCUUCAAACUCGACGUUUAAUAGCAGGGGAUAGUAUGUCACUCGAACAGGACAAGAGCUUCUACUGUGUCGUAGACGGCACGGUUCAAGUUUUUGCACACACCGGUCAGCCUGAUCAAGAACAGCAAGGGUUCUGGGACCAUGAAGACAUGAACGGAUAUCAGUUGCUCAAUGAAGUGGGGAGCGGGGGCACCCUCUCCAGCUUAUUUACUAUCCUCAGCCUUUUUACAGAGGAUGUCAAAAUGAGCUGGCAAAAUGAUCACAAUGAAAGUUCGACCGUUCCUAAAGCCUUUUCUGCUCCCCAAAAAUCACAGCACGACAACGCAGACGUGUCACGUUUCGAUUUGGGACAGAAUACACGUACACGGCGCUCAUCGAUCUCCUCCACCGCUUCGACCGUUCAUCCUUUUGAAGUUGUGACACCUAAUCAUCCGGAAUACACGAGGUCUAUGUCGCCUAUACCUGAUGACGAUGACGAAACUACCGCAUCACUGCCAAGGUCCCACAAUUCUCAUACUCGACAUACUCGGAUACACGAAGGGGUGGUUGCUCGCGCAAGUGAGGAUAGCACCCUUGCUGUCAUACCGGCCGAGGCGUUCCGUCGUCUAACCAAGAAGUAUCCAAAGGCUACCGGUCAUAUUGUUCAAGUCAUUUUAACACGAUUUUCUCGGGUAACGUUUAAUGCCGCCCACAAAUAUCUCGGCUUGACAAGUGAAGUUCUUCGUACUGAGAAAGCUAUUAAUGAUAUCGCCUGUCAUCCGUUGCCUCCGUCUUUCUAUGAGGGUGGCGGUUUACAAUAUCUUCGACAACGGUUUGAUGGGGCCAGUACUACCGAUAGCGACACCGAUUAUCUCAACGCCUCAGAAUCCACCAACACUAUAUCCGGGAGGACUCUUUCGGAAUCUCCGAGGGCGUCGAAGGUGCAAUUGAACGAUCCGCCCCGUCCUACUCGGCUCGCAUCAUCUACAUCACAGACAUUCAAAACACAUGGACGAAAUAGUGUUCAAGCUGGGGAUCUACUCAGUUCUACAACCCACGCUGGCGACAUCUACAGGCCAAUUAGUGGUUCUAUUAGCACGCCACGCGUCCCGAGAGGUGUCAAGCCUCUGGAGAGUCGUAGAGUUGCUAAUCUAUCUGGUGAUGAGUUUGAUUUGCGAGAGGAAGUGAUGUCCUGUAUAGCGAAGUCCAUUGGUUUACUUCAGCCUCCUCUGAGCGGCACCGAAUCUGUUGAGGCUUCUCCCGCAAUCUCUCCGUCUGACGGUCGGCGUUCAUCAGGGCUAUUUACACCAUCUUUCAGUUCUCUGUCACUUCUGGAUAUAGGUGAUGACGUUUCUAGUGUCACGGGAGGGACAUCAUCCAGCCAAUCGAUCGAUGGUUAUAUGAGCGGUCUUGAUAAUGAGGUGGAGAUGCUGUUCUUCGCUGCUGGCACGACCCUUGUCAAGGCAGGAGAGGUCAACACUGGUUUGUUUUACGUUAUUGAAGGAUUUUUGGACAUCCUUUUACCCACGGAUGACCUCCAGCCUUUCACGGACCAACGGCCCAGUUCUGAAGAACCUCGGUCAUCUGGUCCCAAGCCCAAGCGGCCGGAGCAAAAACUCUUAUUCACAGUCAAACCAGGUGGUAUCGCUGGCUAUCUCGCUUCCCUCUGUAAUACUGCCUCUUAUGUCGACAUCAAGGCGAAGACUGAUACGUAUGUGGGGUUUCUACCCUCACACGCCCUCGAGCGCCUGCUCGAAAAGCGUCCGAUCGUUCUGCUCACUCUUGCCAAACGCCUGAUUAGCCUUUUGUCACCUCUUGUGCUUCACAUUGAUGCGUCUUUGGAUUGGAUGCAAGUGAAUGCCGGUCAGGUGCUUUGGCGGCCUCAAGAUAUUAGCGACAGCUUCUACAUUGUCAUCAAUGGCCGUCUGCGGGCCAUUUCUGAGUCUGAAGACGGAAGCGUGUCAAUCGUUGGGGAGUAUGGUCAAGGAGAUACAGUGGGGGAGGUCGACGUCAUCACAAGCUCACUUCGCCGAAAUACCUUACACGCUAUACGAGACACUGAACUGAUUAGAAUGCCACAAACGCUGUUCAACGCUAUAUCUGCUCGGAACCCCCAGAUCACAGCCCAGAUAUUGCGAAUGAUCGCGACGCGAGUAAGGGUUGAAUUAGACUCGAAAUCUACCAAGUCAAGAAGUGUGCCAUCAGAACCGGGAUAUAACAAUAAUCUCAAAACCGUGGCAGUUCUUCCUGUGUCACGUAGCGUUCCCAUCGAUGCUUUUUCGAGGAAGCUCCAGAGUGCUCUGGAGGGUAUAGGCGCCACUACAUCUUACCUCAAUCAGGCUUCGAUAUCCAAUCAACUGGGCCGGCAUGCAUUUACUAGGAUGGGCAAACUCAAGGCAGCCGGAUGGCUGGCCGACCAAGAACAAAGAUAUAGAACAGUUCUCUAUGUUGCCGAUUCACCCGUAAAUAGUUCCUGGACUCAAACUUGCAUCAGACAGGCGGACUGUAUAAUGGUGGUCGGCAUGGGAGAAGACCCUUCAAUAGGCGAAUACGAACGGUUGUUGCUCUCGAUGAAAACGACUGCCCGCAAGGAGCUCAUUCUCUUGCACCCUGAUCGAACUGUCAUGCCGGGAUCUACGAGGGAGUGGCUAAAGAACCGGCCGUGGGUCCAUCAACAUAUACAUGUGGAGCUUCCGGGUCUAGUGCUUCCGAUUCCCAAAGUCACCGUCGUUGCCAAAGGGCCGGAUGCGGUAACUGCAUUAAAGAAUUUAAAGGACAAAGUUCAGAGUGAGAUCCAAAAGUAUCGCGGUAGACAUAGUGAUUCCCGGCCCCAGCGUUCCGCAAGAGUAAAUGACUUCUCUCGACUUGCCCGAAGAAUAUGCGGAAGGUCCAUCGGCUUAAUACUGGGCGGUGGUGGGGCUCGUGGUAUCGCCCAUUUGGGAUUGAUACGUGCGCUUGAGGAGUAUGGUAUACCCAUUGAUCACGUUGGAGGGACCAGCAUAGGUGCUCUCAUUGGUGGCUUAUACGCAAGGGAGGGCGAUAUCCUAUAUAGUGCUGGGCGUGCCAAACAGUUCAGCAGCCGCAUGGGAAAUAUUUGGAGGAUGCUAUCCGAUGUGACUUACCCAAUUGUGGCAUAUACAACAGGCCAUGAAUUCAAUCGGUCUUUGUACAAGGCUUUCUACGACCUUCACAUUGAAGACAUGUGGCUGCCGUUUUUCUGCAACACUACGAAUAUAAAUACGUCGGAGAUGGAAAUCCAUGAAACAGGCUAUGCAUGGAGAUUUAUCCGUGCUUCUAUGACCUUGGUUGGCCUACUUCCUCCUCUUUGUGAUAAUGGUCACAUGCAUGUCGACGGCGGUUAUAUUGAUAACUUACCGGUAUCUGCUAUGUUCUCAAUGGGAACUAAUGUCGUUUUUGCGUGUGACGUAGGAUCUCUUGAUGACAAUUCACCGCGAAACUUCGGGGACCAUGUAUCUGGAUGGUGGCUACUGCUCAACCGAUGGAAUCCGUUUUCAAAUACCAGAAAUAUCCCUGCGAUUACUGAAAUCCAGAGUCGUCUUGCUUAUGUCUCAAGUGUGAAAACGUUGGAAGAUGCCAAAGUUGCACCUGGGUGUUUUUAUAUUGCGAUGCCCGUACACGAGUACGGAACCUUGCAGUUCGGCAAGUUUGAAGAGAUUCAGAAAUUGGGUUAUCAUGCAGCUAUGAAAACAUUGAAAAAGUUGGAUGAAGAAGGUCGACUUCCGUCUGCGCUGAUUGAUGGUAAGGAUACAAUCAAUGCGAAGAGGAAAGGACAAAGUGCGCGCCGAAAUUCGAUAUAAGGAUAUUUUACAUAGACACCGAGUGUUGUACUAUCACCUUUUACAAUUUAAAUAAAUCACGCUAUCCAUCAUUCGAGUCAUG